UAGACAUAGUUUAAGGUGGAUAUUAGUUCGAAUGAGUGAGUGAUUUUUACGACACAGAUGCGAUAUAACAGAUAGGACAGAGAUUAAAGUAAUCGAAUCUUGAUCAUACGAACCGGUUUUCGAUCUGCACAUUUUCCAGUUGAGUGACUACACUAAACCAGGCAUAACACUGACAAACACCCCAUCCUAUAUGUUUACAAGCUAUGAAGUACUGGGGACCUAGUGUAUACCGGAAGGCAACAAAGUCACCGAAGAUUCGUCAUCGACGGACGAAUUAAUCCCGGAGAAUACCGAGUCGACACGAAGGUGUGUUGCACAUGCAUUGAGAUGUAGUGGCAUACAUAGGAAUGGUUCCACCUGGAACGGACGUGCAUCUCGUGGAGAUUCGUGACUACCUAGCUGCAAGACGUGCGUAUACACAGUUCCACGCCGUGCUGUCACUUAUCGACCGAGGCCUCGGAUCUAGAUCUGAGUUUCUUUAGUGUGAGCAGACGACACGAUACAAGGCAGACGGCAGCAUGUGGAAGCUGCAGCUCUCAUCAGAGACAGGUCAAGACGGGGUUCAGUAGGGAUGCCAUGUAACCGGAAGUGACGUUGUUAUGGGUUGCGAGAACAGCAAACCCACAGUGGUGCCAAAUGCGCAUGUCGAACCGGAUCCGGAAGUUGUUACAACUGACUUCAGUGAUACACAAAUAGACACCAUCAGAAGCACGUGGCCAGUAUUAUCACGUGAUGUCAUCAGAAUAGGAGCGGAAAUAUUCGUCCGUAUCUUUAUCGACGCACCGGGUGUGAAGAAAUUAUUCGAAAAAUUCAGUGUGUACAAGGUGGAUGAUCUUCGGAAGAACCCUCAGUUCCGGGAUCAUGCCGAGAAGUUUAUGCAGGUCAUUCAGAACAUCGUGGACAACCUUGAGUGCCUCGCACCUGUCACCCAGCACGAGCUGAUGGCACUCGGCGCCUCCCAUGUGCUGUUCGACGGCUUCGACACCCACUACUUCAGCGUAUACUCCAAGUGUAUGCUGGAAGUAUGGGAGCAGGAGCUGGGGGAAGAGUUCAUUAUGGAGGUGAGGGAGUGUUGGAAGGCAGUGUUUGAGUACCUGGUCACACAGAUGACCGAGGGGUAUGACAUGUGUGUUCUAGAACAAAGGAAGGGCAUCGCUACUAUGCAAGACAAUCAACACCGGAAUAACAAAGUGCAGAAGGAAUAUGAUUUUCUACCGGAUGUGAACGCAACAUAGGUGAUCACGUGAUUGUCAAACAAUAGACGAGCGGGGACUGCGCAUGCUCAAGUGAUUCAAUAUGAUGGAGGGUGUGUCUUUUCAUAUAAAUGUUCAUAAAGGCUCACACCUUGUCAAACAGCAUACUGAUGGGAUGUAAUGGGUCCUGUUGGAACAGAGAAGCCUGUCACAGCAACCUUGGAUUAACGUGUAGCUAUAAGAUAGUUAACAACCUUGUUCUCUGACAAGAUGCAGCUGAACGGACAACUAAUGUAAUGUAUAAAGAAGUCGUCUGUUGGAUCACCAAAACCUAAUAAAAUUAAAAUGGUUAGUUGUACACAAUAUUCAAUCCCUGGAUUCGUCCCUGUUACAAUAAUAAUCUGUGAGGCUCGAAAUGUGUAAGUUGCAAAUGUUACGUCAUUCAUAUUUAUUGACUGCUAAACUGUUUGAUAGUCAAAACUAAAAUGGUUAACAUCGCAUGGGUUCUUACUGUUCCCAACGACGUGAUUACCGGGAUGCUGUUCAAAGUGGAGGUACGCCCUAACUCAAACACUCACUCGCUGACACACUAGUGACGUCACCACUUCGGCGUGAUGUGUACAUGUUAGCCAGUAAAUGCAGCAGCCAGUCACGACAAGUUGGUAUAGCUGAUAUACUGAAUAUAUCCUCAUGGACAGUCACGACAAGUUGGUAUAUAGCUGAUAUACUGAAUAUAUCCUCAUGGACAGUCACGGCAAGUUGGUAUAGCUGAUAUACUGAAUAUAUCCUCAUGGACAGUCACGACAAGUUGGUAUAGCUGAUAUACUGAAUAUAUCCUCAUGGACAGUCACGGCAAGUUGGUAUAGCUGAUAUACUGAAUAUAUCCUCAUGGACAGUCACGACAAGUUGGUAUAGCUGAUAUACUGAAUAUAUCCUCAUGGACAGUCACGGCAAGUUGGUAUAUUAUAGCUGAUAUACUGAAU